CAAGUUCUGACAGACCCAACAAAGCAGUGCCUUUUUCAGAACGAGGGAAGAAAAAGAAGAAGAGAAAACUGACACCCCAUCACGUGGAGUGAAGUAGCUCGUACUCUCUGUUUCCCACGCUUACUUGUUCUUCCUGUUUAAAUUAAAUCCCAUUGGAGGUAAAAUUUUCCCUAUCCAGAUCUGCCUCUGCAAAAACAAGGCUUUUUAGAUUUUCAGGAAAUGGGGCUCAUCUCUAGAAAGCUGUUCCCGGCGUGUGAAAGCAUGUGCAUAUGCUGCCCUGCUAUGAGGUCGAGAUCUAGACAACCUGUUAAGCGUUACAAAAAGCUGCUUGCGGAAAUCUUUCCCAAGUCUCCUGAUGGUCCUCCCAAUGAAAGAAAAAUUGUUAAGUUAUGUGAAUAUGCUGCCAAAAACCCUUUUCGAAUCCCAAAGAUUGCUAAAUUUCUUGAAGAUAGGUGCUACAAAGAGCUUAGACUGGGGCACAUCAAAUUCAUCAAUAUUGUUGCAGACACUUACAACAAGUUGCUUUGCCUGUGUAAGGAGCAGAUGGCUUGUUUUGCAGUCAGUCUGGUGAGUGUGGUUACUGAGCUCCUGGACAACUCUAAGCAAGAUACUGUGCGCAUACUUGGAUGCCAAACUCUAACUAAUUUCAUCUAUAGUCAGACAGACGGCACUUACACACAUACCAUUGAGAGUUUGGUUCACAAAGUAUGUAAGCUUGCAUGUCAAAGUGGUGAAGAUCACCAAAGCUUGAGAGCAUCAAGUUUGCAGUGCCUUUCAGCCAUGGUGAAAUUCAUGGCAGAAUUUUCAUAUAUUUUUGUUGAUUUUGAUGAGAUUGUUCAUGUCACCUUGGAUAACUAUGAGCCAGAUACACAUAAUGAAGAUGAUGAGAGAGGGCAGCCACAUCAUAAUUGGGUGGAUGAAGUGGUUCGAAGUGAAAGCAGAGUUGGUGUAGUUGGCGAUGACGCUAGUCCUAGCUGCAAGAUAAUCAGGCCACGACCAGAAAAGAAGGAUCCUGCUCUUCUGACGAGAGAAGAGUUUGAAACACCAAAAGUGUGGGCUCAAAUUUGUAUUCAGAGAAUGAUAGAGUUAUCUAAGGAGAGCACAACGAUGCGCCGAGUAUUGGAUCCAAUGUUUGUCUACUUUGAUUCUGGGCACCACUGGGUUCCUCGACAAGGGUUGGCCAUGCUGGUUUUGUCUGAUAUGUCAUACUUUAUGGAGGCUUCAGGGAAUCAACAGUUGAUUUUAGCCUAUGUGAUCCGUCAUCUUGACCACAAAACCAUUUCGCAAGAUCCACAACUCAAAUCUUCUGUCAUUCAAGUUGCUAGUGCUUUGGCUAGCCAGAUUCGAUCUGGUGCAGUGUUGGCAGAAAUUGGAUUUGUCUCCGACCUAUGUAGGCAUUUGAGGAAGAGUCUUCAAGCUACUGCUGAAUCAGUUGGAGAGCAAGAAUCAAACAUUAAUAUCAUGCUACAAAAUUCCAUUGAAGACUGCUUACUAGAAAUUUCGAGAGGCAUUGGCAAUGUUCGGCCACUAUUUGACAUGAUGGCGAUAACUCUGGAGAAUCUGCCAUCUGGAAUUGUUGCUAGGGCAACACUUGGAUCUUUAAUGAUUGUUGCUCAUAUGAUCUCAUUAGCGUUGAUCUCUUCACGUACACAGCAGGUGUUUCCUGAGUCCCUUCUUGUCCAACUUCUGAAAGUCAUGGUGCAUCCAGAUAUUGAGGUGCGUGUUGGAGCACACCAAAUAUUUUCUAUUCUUCUCAUUCCAACUUUUAACCAGCCCCGGCACGAAUCUUCAUCUUUACAAUCUGGUUUUGGAUACCAAUCAAGAGGAUGGCAGUCGAAUACAGCAUCUACCUUUGCAUCAAUCACAGCAAGACUUGAAAAGCUGAGGAAGGAAAAAGAUGGCCCCAAAGCCGAAAAGCACGGGAACAGUAAUGCUUGUGAUGAUUUUAGAGAUAGAGAGACUGCUGAAGAAGUCUGGAAGCAGGGGUGUAACCGAAAAAAUUCCCCUAAUGUUUACAAAAUUAGCUCAAUUAUUGACAGGACGGCUGGAACAGUCAGCUUAACAGAGCCAGAUCCGUAUGUUAUGAAGUUUAGUGAGGAUCAAAUAUCACACUUGCUGUCUGCGUUUUGGAUACAAGCAAAUCUCCCUGAUAAUUUGCCUUCAAAUAUUGAGGCUAUAGCUCAUUCUUUUACCUUAGUGCUUAUUUCUUCACAUUUGAAGAAUCCAACUGACAACCUUAUGGUUCGCUUCAUUCAACUUCUGCUGUCUCUGAGGAAUACAUCCCUUGAUUCUAACAAUGGGACAUUGACUCCAGCAUGUCAAAGAUCUAUGCUUGUACUCUCGAUUGGCAUGUUGAUGUUUGCGGCUAAGAUCUAUCAUAUUCCUCUGCUCAAGUCAUUUAUACCGUAUGAUAUUCAGUUUGAUCCAUAUUUAGGCAUCAGUGACGAUCUUCAAAUUUAUGUAAAGCGUGAUGCAGAUGUUAGUAAAUAUGGAUCUGUUACUGAUAACGAGAUGGCUUCAUCGUUACUAUCUGAUUUGCGGAACAAAAUAUACGAAUCAGACAAUAUCAUGAUGGAAAUCUUAGUUCAGUUCCUAUCAAAGGUUUCUGAGAUGAAGGCAGAAGAUGUGGCAAACCAACUUUCAGAGUCAUUCACACCUGAUGAUGCAUUCAUGUUUGGCCCACAGUCAAUGCUUGACUGUGACCAAAAUCAAAUGCCUGUUCAUUCAAAGGAAUCAUCGUUUGAUGGGGAAUUUCCAUCAAAUUCAUCAGUGGAGGAUGAUGUGACAAGUGAAGCAUCUGUUGCUGACCUCUCACGUUUCAUUCCCAGAAUACCUACAUCCUCCUCUAUACCGCCCCAUGUUAUCAGCAUUGGACAGCUGAUGGAGUCGGCACUUGAGGUAGCUGGUCAAGUAGCGGGGACAACUGUCUCUACAUCACCUCUCCCCUACAACACCAUGGCAAGCCAGUGCGAAGCCCUUGGCACAGGGACAAGGAAGAAACUCUCCAACUGGUUGGCCCAUGAAAAUCAUCAGAGCAGUGGUCGUGACAGAUUGUUUCCAGCAUUUCCUGCAGAUGGACGUGCAGCACUCCAGAAGAUAACGAUUGACAUUGGGCAUGCUCAUGGAGCUGCAUCGGCACAGGACCCCUGGUUGGCUAUGAGGCUGCCUCCUGCUAGUCCAUUUGACAACUUCCUCAAGGCAGCUGGGUGUUAGUAACUUGGUAGAGAAGUCGCGCUUCAAGUGUAAUCGUUGCUGUAAAGUAUUAGGCAGUAUCUUGGGAUUAAUAGCUCUACAUUUAGUCUAGACUCUGAUAAUCUGAUUUGAGGGCUUCCAUGCCCAGUUUAUCGAUGGUUACAUUGAACAUCUACCUGUUACUGAGCUAGGGUUAUGCGUAGUGUAGUAUGUAUUUUGUACAACGGUUAUAUCGAACAUGUUCUGUAAUUGAACUAGGGUUAUGCAGUGUAGUAUGUACUUUGUGGUU